GGUCCACAGCGCAUGUUCGGUGCGGUGUGGAUCAGCUGACUGAUCAGGUGGUGUUGGGGAGAUUGUGUCACUGAUUCCUGGCGCGGCAGCUUGGGGCCAGCGACAUGGGCUCUUUCAACGAACUCUACUUCAAUGUGGAUGACGGUUACCUGGAGGGCUUGGUGAGGGGUUUCAAGGCUGGCAUCUUGUCGCAGGGCGAUUACCUGAACCUGGUGCAGUGUGAGACCUUGGAAGAUCUGAAGCUCCAUCUCCAGAGCACAGACUAUGGCAAUUUCCUGGCAAAUGAGGCCUCCCCACUCACUGUGUCGGUGAUUGAUGACAAGUUGAAGGAGAAGAGUGUUGAAUUCAGGCACAUGAGGAACCAUGCUUACGAACCACUGGCCAGCUUUCUCGACUUUAUCACCUACAGCUACAUGAUUGACAACGUAAUUCUCCUGAUUACUGGAACGUUACACCAGCGAUCCAUUUCUGAACUAGUUCCAAAGUGUCAUCCCUUAGGCAGCUUUGAACAAAUGGAGGCUGUAAAUAUUGCUCAGACACCAGCAGAACUUUAUAAUGCCAUCUUGGUUGACACUCCUUUAGCUGCAUUUUUCCAGGAUUGUAUAUCUGAACAGGAUCUUGAUGAAAUGAACAUUGAAAUUAUUCGUAAUACACUAUACAAGGCAUAUCUUGAAUCAUUUUACAAGUUCUGCAAGACAUUGGGAGGUACAACUGCUGAUGCAAUGUGUCCUAUUUUGGAGUUUGAAGCAGACAGGCGUGCUUUCAUCAUCACCAUAAACUCUUUUGGGACAGAACUGUCUAAAGAAGAUCGAGCUAAACUGUUCCCUCACUGUGGAAAACUAUAUCCUGAAGGACUUGCUCAAUUAGCUCGAGCUGAUGACUAUGAGCAGGUGAAGACUGUGGCAGAUUAUUACCCAGAAUAACAAGCUACUUUUGAAGGAGCUGGCAGCAAUCCUGGAGACAAAACACUUGAGGAUAGAUUUUUUGAACACGAGGUUAAACUGAACAAGUUGGCAUUCCUGAACCAAUUCCACUUUGGGGUCUUCUAUGCAUACGUGAAACUUAAAGAACAGGAAUGCAGGAAUAUUGUAUGGAUUGCAGAGUGUAUCGCACAGAGGCACAGGGCCAAGAUUGAUAAUUAUAUUCCUAUCUUCUGAAAUCCUGAUCUGCUGCUGAUACAUGAUGUACUAAUUACAUUCAUCUCCCUGCACUGUUUCUAGUUAAGAAUGUUUUUCAUUUGUAAAGCAUAAAUUGAGUUUCCUGGAUGUAUUCCACAUAUUUCAGUUUUAUUUAAAAAGCAUUGCUGAUAAUCUAACAUGUAAUCUCCUUCUCCUUGAAAUAACAUUAAGACAAUGAAACUCCAAAUCCUAGUUAUACUCUAAAAUAAUUUUAAUUAUGGUAAUCUCUGCAGGAUUUGCAAGUGGAUUUGUUACAUCCAAGACCAUUGCUAUUUUCUCUGUUUAAUUGUAGUGAUGUUUUUUUUAAAACCUGAUUUCUCAAAUUGUGUGGCAAAUUAGCUUUUGGCAAUAUUACUAUUCUCUCUUGGAGUGCAUUAAGAUCUACAUUGGAGUAAUGUUUGUGUGUCUUAAUUGCAGUGCAAUCAAGGUGAACCGAUGGAUCAGAAGGUCAGCAUUAUCUUUUCAAAUAUUUCAAUCCGUUGUAACAAUUUCCUGUGAUCGAAGGUAGAGCAAUGUGCUAUUUCCAGCAACUACUCCAAAUAGCAUUUGGGAGCUGAGAAUUGGUUUUUAUGUUGAAGCCAAUUGUUCUUGGAGCAUUUAUUUCUGCAUGUGGUAUUAUAGCAUUACCCCAGCAUUCAUGCUAAACUGUUUACAUUGAGAAAAGGAUUGCUUGCUUGACUCGUGUUCACUAAAGCAAUUUUCCUUGUCACGUUGAAAUAUAAAAUGGAAAUUUUGAGAAUGAAUGGUAGAUACAUGAGUAUGCACCUGUAAUUUUUGUGCUGUUUGGUAAUUCAUGUGCUAACUGUAUUUUGUGUAACAAUUUUGUGUAAUAAUUAAGAUGCGUUCUGAUUAACCUGAAAUUAAAAGCUAAUCCUGUGAUUUGUUGACAGCUAUAUCUUGUAUAUGUGAUCAGGUCCUUUAACAAAACAAUGGCUGCAUUGAGAUGUAUUUAGUUAAAAUUAAAUAUUUUAAUGUGAAACCAAUUUGGGUCCAGAUGUUCAAAAAUGCAUUGAACGGUUCCAGAUUUAGUUUUAGUAAGAUUUUUUCAUUUCUUUUUGUUUAUUCUAAAUGUACUUCUUCGAAGACAGGCCAAUAAAUCUUUCCCAAUUAUUGUA